AUGAAAAAUGUUAAUUAUAAUUUCCCUAAUGGAGAAACAGCAUUUAGUUGUGAUGAAUUAAAAAUUAAGAAAGGAGAAUUAGUAUGUGUUUUAGGUAGUGUUGGAAGUGGAAAGUCAUCAUUUUUAUUAUCAAUAUUAGGAGAAUUAGAACAAAGUAAAGGAGAAACAAUUAUUAGUGGAAAUAUUACAUAUGCAUCACAAACACCAUGGUUAAUGAAUACUACAGUAAGAGAAAAUAUCUGUUUCUUAGAGAAAUUUAAUAGAGAAAAGUAUAAUAAUGCAUGUACAUGUGCAUGUUUAAAUAGAGAUUUACAAAUAUUAAGAGGAGGUGAUAUGUAUGAAGUUGCAGAAAGAGGAGCUAAUUUAUCUGGUGGACAAAGACAACGUAUUUCUAUUGCAAGAGCAUUAUACAACUCAAAAGAUAUUGUUAUUUUUGAUGAUCCAUUAUCAGCAGUUGAUUUUCAAGUUGGAUCAUUUAUUUUUGAACAUGCAAUGGAAGAAUUGUUAGGAAAUAAAACACGAAUUAUUGUCACAAAUCAAACAUAUUUUAUUGAUAAAGCAGAUAGAAAAUUAUUGUUAUUGAAGAUAAGAAAAU